UGCAGGGUUGCACUUGGGCGGUGCUUCAGGUUUGAUUUGUGACUAUAAUAAGGAUAGUUGCUGUCUCGUAGUGACACUUGCGGUUCUACGUUCUUGCAUCUCUAUCAAUUUCUGCUUUUUGUUCGGGCACCUUGCGCCACUCAACUGGGGCGAUUAUUUUCCGUCCUGUGCCCCAUAUCGGAAUAAUGUUUAUUAUGAGAGGCUCGCGCGGAAUAGGUCUUGCGUUAAAAAUCCAUACGCGAAAUCAUCACUCUGUCGGAAUUAUUGGCGCGCCGUUUUGGAAAGGACAGCCGAAGGAUGGUGUGGAGAAGGGACCCGAUCUAAUUCGCUCUACGGGAUUGGUAGAGAAGCUUAAAGGGCAAGGGUGUUCGGUCAGGGAUUAUGGGAAUCUGAAAUUUGAGCAUGUACCUGAUGAUCAGCCCAUUGAAAAGGUGCAGAGACCCCGGUCAGUGGGACACGCCAACAAGCAGCUUGCCGACGCUGUUCACAUGAUCAAAAAGGACGGCCACACCUGUGUGUUGCUGGGAGGAGACCACAGCCUGGCAAUUGGCUCAAUCUUGGGACACUCGGCCUCACAGAAGGAGCUAUGCGUGGUGUGGGUGGACGCUCACGCGGACAUAAACACCCCUACGACCACUCUGACGGGCAACAUGCACGGACAGCCCGUGUCCUUCCUUAUCCGGGAAUUCCACUCCAAGAUUCCAGUGAUGCCAGGAUUCUCUUGGAUAAAGCCCUGCAUUUCGGCUCAAGAUAUUGUUUACAUUGGCUUGAGGGACGUGGAUCCCGCUGAGCACUAUAUCCUGAAACACCUGGGAAUCAAAUUUUUCUCCAUGACUGCCGUAGACCGACUGGGCAUAGCCAAAGUGAUGGAAGAGACAUGUGACCACAUCUUUUCGAAAGGGAAGAGGCCGAUACACCUCAGCUAUGACAUUGAUGCGCUGGACCCCUCAGUGUCUCCUGCAACAGGGACCCCUGUGGUGGGAGGACUGACUUACAGGGAGGGAAUCUACAUUACAGAGCAGAUCUGUCAAACAGGGAUGCUGUCGGCUUUGGACGUGGUAGAGGUGAACCCCAAAAUGGCCAGGGCAGAGGAGGAGAUCAGCUCCACCGCAAAGACUGCUGUCGAUGUGAUUCUGGGCUGUUUUGGGAGGGUUCGAGAAGGCUCUCACACCCCAGACUAUCAUAUGCCCUAACCUUGAAUAGCACGCAAGUGGCCCAUCUCUUCACAUCAAAACUCAUAUUCAUAUUUUUUUGUAUUAUGUUUCACACUUUGCGUAUUAAGAAGAGGUAUAAAUUCUUUUUGAGUAUAUUUUAAUAUAAAUUUCUUUCAGGUA